UAUAUGCAAGGAGUGUGUCGGGAGGGAAAUAAGUGUCUGUUCUCACAUGAUUUAUCUACAAGCAAAUCCUCCACCAUCUGCAAGUAUUACCAGAAGGGACAGUGUGCCUAUGGAGCCCGGUGCAGGUAUGAUCACACCAGACUUCCCGCGUCAGGGGCUGCAGCAGCCCCUGCGCCGCCUCCCCUCUCAUCGACAGUGCUGCACAACCCUCGCCAUCCUCCCGAGCACAGCGCGCCGAUAAUCAGGAGCAAACUGCACGAGACGGGCAAACGGGAGAAGAAAACGCUCGUGCUCAGGGACAGAAAUCUGUGUGGCUUGAAUGAAGAAAAGCAGAAGCCCAGUGCUACAAGCGACGUGGUCUGUUGCAGCGACCAAAAUGAUAAUCUGGAAAUGAAGCCCCAUUCAUAUUUGGAAGCUAUUUGCAGCGGACUGGAAGAUCCGGUAGCUGGAAGUUCCUGUGCCGACGGAGAGCAGCUGUGCCCUUACGCUGCAGCGGGAGCGUGCCACUUCGGAGAUCGCUGCCUUUACCUCCAUGGAGACGUGUGUGAGAUAUGUGGAUUGCAAGUACUUCACCCUUUCGACCAAGAGCAGAGGAAGGCUCACGAGAUGAUGUGCAUGGCGACAUUCGAGCAUGACAUGGAGAAGGCCUUUGCCUUUCAGGCAAGUCAGGACAAAGUGUGCAGUAUCUGCAUGGAAGUGGUGUAUGAGAAACCAUCGGCCUCCGAGAGGAGGUUUGGGAUCCUUUCCAACUGCAAUCACACCUACUGCUUGUCUUGCAUCCGGCAGUGGAGAUGUGCCAAGCAGUUCGAGAAUCCAAUCAUAAAGUCUUGCCCGGAGUGCCGUGUGAUAUCCGAGUUCGUCAUUCCCAGUGCGUAUUGGGUGGAAGACCAGGAGAAGAAAAAUGAGCUGAUUGAAGCAUUUAAGCAGGGAGUGGGGAAAAAGCCCUGCAAGUACUUUGAACAAGGGAAAGGAACUUGCCCCUUUGGAGGAAAGUGUCUUUACCUUCAUGCUUAUCCAGAUGGGACACGAGCUGAACCUGAAAAACCACGGAAACAGCUCAGCUCUGAGGGGACUGUGCGGUUCUUCAAUUCCGUUCGGCUGUGGGACUUCAUUGAAGACAGAGAAAGUAGGACUGUCACCAGCACAGACGACGAAGUAACAGAGCUUGGAGAACUUUUCAUGCCCCUUUCUGGGGCUGAUGAGGAUUCUGCUACUUCUCAGUGAAGAGGAGGACUACAGGUGCUGUCUUCUGUAGCAAUCUAGCUAUUUACUUAGUGAUGCUUUUACUUUCUACAGCACAGUUAGAAUGAACGUGCCCUGUGGCUUACUUGUGCAGUCCUGGUAAAGUUUUCAGAUAGUUUUUGUAUGGCAACAAAGAUACUAAAAUAUAUUUAAAAGGUUAAAUUGAUUGCAUGGAAAAACAAAUACCUUAAUCCCAUGAGGGCUUUCUCCCUCUUUGGCCUAGCAUAUGCUGUCUUGUGAGUUGAGUGGUAGUGUAAAUACAGCUCCCCUCUUACCAUUUAAAGCUUAAGCUGUUAAAAACUCUUGCUAAAUAUUUUGGGGGCUCCCCCCUCCCAACUAAAUAUAUAUCUACAAAAACUCACUGGGAA